AUUUAUAAACUCAAGCUACCAUAGAUUCAAUCCCAAAACAAAAUCUACGAAUUUUGUAGGGAUUUCUUUCCCAGAAACAUCGUAAACAUGGCUGCAAAAUUGAAAUCAAGCUUUUCUCUCCUGUCACAAGCAUCUCGGUUUGCCAUACAAGCUUCUGUGAAACCUCAUAUUGGUGUGCUUAGUAGGACCUACGCUGACCAAGGAGGAGAAGGAUGGCUUUCCAAAUUACUUCAUGUGAAGAGGGUUGAGCCAGCUACAACAUCUCACUCUAUGGCUCUGACAAACAAAGAUAUUGUGUAUGAAAUGCAAGUGCACAAUAUCAAGCCAGACUGCAUGGGUGAUUACAUCAAACUUUCAGACCAUCAUUUGAGGAGAGUCCAUGAGAAAUCAGACUACCCAUGCAAACUCUUUGGAAGCUGGAGCACAGCGUUUGGGCCACAGGAUCAAGCAGUGCACAUUUGGAUGUACAAAGGUUUCGAUGAAGUGAAAAAGAUGUCAGAACUGCUGUGGGAAGACAAGGAUUACUUAGAGUACAAGAAGCUGCGUGGUGAGAUGUUGGUCGGAAGGAGUAAUCAACUUCUCAUGCCUUUCUCAUUCUGGGGGAUCCCCCACAGAGAUUCAGACCAUCUCUAUGAACUCAGGAGUUAUCAUCUCAGGCCUGGAACAUUAAUUGAAUGGGGCAACAACUGGGCAAAGGGCAUAGUUCAUCGGAGGGAACAGAGUGAAUCCGUCUUGGGCCUCUUCACACAGAUUGGAGAUCUCUAUCUAGUGCAUCACAUAUGGGCUUACAAGGACCUUCAGACGAGGAAGGAGAUUCGAGAUUCAGCGUGGAGAAAGCCCGGCUGGGAUGAUUGUGUAGCCUACACAGUGCCUCUGAUCCGACGAAUGGAAACCAAGAUAAUGAUCCCCCUGCCAUGCUCACCGCAGAAGUAGUGACUCAGCUCAGAUGAAGUUAUCUCAUUAGGAACAUCUUGGUUGUAUGAAUAUAAAGCUGAUGCUCUUUGGUGGAAAGUAAGAGGAUUCAAGGUCUCUGAUAGCCUUGCCAAUAGCGGAUGUGGGAAUGGAUUGCAUUGGUGAUAGUUUCAUAGCUCUUUUCUUCUUCCAACCCGUAAAUUGUGCCGCUCUAGUGUACUCUCCCUCUCUCUCUCUCUCUCUCUCUCUCUCUCUUCUCUCUCUCUUUCUCUCUCUUUCUCUCUCUUUCUCUCUCUUUACCUCUUCCUCUCUUUCUCUCUUCCUCUAUUUCACUCUUUCUGUCUUCCUUUCUCUCCUGCCCUCUUCCCCUCUUGUUUUCUACCUGGCUGCUUCCCUUCUCCUGUUUUCCCCUUUCCUUAACAAGUCUUUACAUUGGAGUAUGUAGAGAGGAUGAAGUUAUCUGUAGCCAAGUAAUAUUAAUUAUUGGUCCUAAGAAAGUGUAAUCUGAAAUUUUGUAUACAAAAGUUUAAUUAACAUUUCUGUUAAUUGGGUUGUGUACAGAAGAAAGAAUUUGCAUUCAAGAAAGUUGUAUUAAUUCUUGGUGUAUUACCUCUCUCCUAAAAAUAAACGGUACUCUGAGAAUUUGCACGGGCUUGUGGGACAUUCUUGUGUGUUUUGGCACCCAAUAAUUGUCAACAAUUUCCAGCUUUAUUUCAUAUUAAUGGAGGCGAGAAUGAACUUUGUUUAGGCAGUGAAUCAUAGACCGGUUAAUGUUUUGCAUGUUAAGUUCAUGAAAGGAUGAAGUUACAUUGGAAAGGACGUUAUGAUAAUGAACACAAGCGAAGAUAUUCAGAUGUGGCCAUCCUGGUUGUUCCCCAAGAUAUGACAAAGAAAUAUAUGCUAUCACAGUCUUGUAAAUUUUGUGUAAAUAUAAAUCAAUCAAAACAACUUGCCUAAAGAUAAACCUAUUCUGCUCUUCUUUACGCUGUAGCUUGUUAUUUCAUUGAAUGGAGCAAGUUAUCCUUUUAAGGAGAUUCUACGGAAAAAAAUGGAACUUCCAAAGAAAGUAAAUCAGACUCAAACCAAUGAAGUGAAGUUGAUUCUCAUUAUUUUAGACUUUGAUUCAUAUGUUACGACAGUCUUUAUUUCAACCAUUUAGGGAAUGGUUUUGUUGUAUUUGCCAGACCAAUGUUGGCUAUAUUUGCUUAUUUGGUAGGCCUAUUAAACUUAUAAUACAUGAUUAAUAUCAUUUACUUGGAGCUAGAAGGGCAGUAACUCAUAUGGGCUUUUAAUGCACAGUUAAUGCUGUUCUGGCUCUGAACAGACGGUAUUGUUGUCAUCCUAUCAGAAAAAUCUCGUCAUGUA